UGUAAUAGUGAGUGGAUGAGGAAGAGAGUGUACAGCUGGAUAGCGGAUUUAAAUCGUAAAAAGGAAGAAUUACUGAUUUGUCUGCAUCAUGUCGAAGAACACAAUAUCUGAUCGCUUCAGGAAGGUGGAUGUGGAUGAAUAUGAUGAGAACAAGUUUGUGGAUGAGGAGGAUGGAGGAGAAAACCAAGUGGGUCCGGAUGAAGCAGAAGUGGAUUCUCUCAUCAGACAAGGGAAUCUAAUGGGUGCAUUGCAGGCGGUGCUGAAGAACCCACCAAUCAACACGAAGAAUCAGAAUGUCAAGGACCGUGCUGAAGGGCUGGUGCUGAAGGUACUUAGUUCCUUUAAAGCAAGUGACAUUGAGAAGGGAGUUCAGUCUCUAGAUAAGAACGGAGUGGAUCUGCUGAUGAAGUACAUCUACAAGGGCUUUGAGAAGCCAUCAGAAAACAGCAGUGCCAUCCUUCUGCAGUGGCAUGAGAAGGCUCUGGCUGCUGGAGGAGUGGGCAGUAUCGUCAGAGUACUGACCGCGAGAAAAACAGUGUAAGUGCUCACCGCUCCACUAAUGGAAAACCACAGGCGAAGCACACCUGCUGGUACAUUCACAACAAAGAAACGACAUCUACAGGGUGCUGAAAAUACCUUAUAUUUCACUCUCUUUUUCACUCUGUUUUCUCUCUUUUUACUUUUUUUUGUAUCUGCAUGUACGGGUGCCAACAACUUCCAUGCUAAUUAAGCUUCUCUCAGGAAAGUGUUGUACCUUACAUAUGCAUAUUACCUACGUUAAAUGUUACAUGUAUGUCAUUUUUGUAUGAAUUAACAUUGUAUUAGGUUUAACACUCAACAGAACCAUCAGACUUUGUCUGGUUUAGCCAUUUCUUCAGUGCCACCUCAUUACCUUGCUCUGUUUUCUCUCGAACAACCAAAAGACAUUAACUGCUUCACACUGCAGGAAUAAGUGCUGCAGGAAUUCGUGCUCAGUUCUAAUUCUCAGCUUUGGCAUGGCCUGUUUGACAAAAAAGCACAUAGAUUAAUUCUGCCUAGGUUGUUGGAAGUAAUUCAGCUGUUUAAUAUGCAGAAUUAAACAUUUUAGAAUGCCUUUAUAUGUUAUAUAUACAUAUACAGGUGUACAGUUCAAUGAAAUUCUUUCUUUGCAUUUCCCAGCUUGUUUGGAAGCUGGGGUCAGAGCGCAGGGUCAGUUAUUGUACGGCACCCCUGGAGCAGAGAGGGUUAAGGGCCUUGCUCAACUCUCAACCUUUCAGUUAAUAGCCCAAAGCUCUACCCACUAGGCUACCACUGUCCCAUUAUCCCAACUUUUGUUUUAUAUUUUAUGCAUUUUCUCCCAAUUUAGCGUAGUCAGUUUAUCUUCCGCUGCUGGGGGAUCCCUAAUUGCAGUCGAGGUGGGUAUAUUGCCGCUCAUGCCUCCUCCGACCCGAACGCAGCCCUUAGCGGAACCCUUUUUUCACACAUACAUUCUGCACUGGUGCCUUUCUAUCUGCCAAUCAGGGUCCUUACACAGCGUUUGAAGACCCCACCCACAUAGUCCGGUCAUCCCGCCCUAGCAGAAACGUGUCUGCUGCAGGCACCUCCAAUUAUGCCCAGCCGACCGAUGGCAAAGCCGAGUUUCGAACCGAGAAGUUCAUAAUCUCUGCGCUGGUUUGCUAGCGCGUCCCAACAUCUUUAAUGCAGACAUAAGUUUUAUUCUGUAAUGGACUCUGUAAUGUCCACUAGGCCAGUAUUUUUUGGGGGUAGCAAAGCCUGAAUGGAAAUUCUUUUGGGAUUUAACUGGCAUUUUAUGUGGAUUCAGAGUAGAUCAAGAAAUGUUGGUUAAUUAUUAUCAAAUAGAAAAAAUGACCAAAUGGAAAUAACAAAAAUGAAGCUAGUGUCAGGAUAAUACUGGCAUACAUGCUUAAUUAAUAUCAGAUCAGAUUUGAUCAUAAUUCACUAAAUGUGAUCAUUACAUAAACAAGAACACAAGCUCUUUCACAGUGUGCCAACAUUUUUCAUUAAUGCAUAAUUUUGCAUACCUUGCUUGUACUGUGUCAGCGUAUGAUGAAGAUGGAAUCAAAUUGGUAUCAGCAUUGGCAUAACUGGCAAAGCUCUGAUAUGAAAAUCUGAUCCCUAAUAAAAAUUAUGAGUAAAUUUAUGAGUACAAAUGUAUUAAAAACAUGAUACUUUUCAAUACGAUGGUAAUAUUGCUUCAUUAUUUUUAUGUCCUGUGGUUAAUGCGAUAUAAACAAGGUUUGGUCUUAUUUGAAUUAUGAAUUGAAUUAAAGUUCGGAUUUCAGAUCUUUUCACAUUUCGGUUGAAUUGCUGCAUAAGUUUAGAUUUUUUGUAAAAAAAAAAGAAAAAAAAAAAAAGUCUUUUCAUUUUAAGUAAUUUUCACCUGUUUUUCUAGUAUAAAUCAUAGUAGAUACUUAAUCCUGAUAUAAAAUUAUAAAACCUCAUUACUCAGCACUAAUUCUGCCUUCUUAGAACCCCCCCCAAUUUUCUUCCCUAACUAGUCGUAUCCAAUUACCUGAUUGCAUUAUGCUUCCUCUCUACUGAUGCUGAUCCCCACUGCUGAUUGAGGAGACCUCCAACACGUGUUUUUGAGUAAUGCUAUUAGAGCGCUAGUAGUAUUAAAAUGUUGAUGGUUGUCUUACCUCAUCUGUGUCUAUUUCUUAAAGGGACAUUCCAUUAUAAAUGCAGGGUUUGGUUUGUUAUUUGUGUAUUAUAUUUUAUAUCAGUAUUGUAUACCUCAGUCAAGCUAUUUUUGCUUUAGAUUUUUGGGGUCACGUUGUAAUUCCUUAAUCAUUACAUUUGGGGCUUAGGUGGUUGGACAAAGCCUCGAUGUAUGGAUACAGUGUGUGGACACCUUUCCUAGUACUAAUUAAUUUCAGGUGCCUUAGCAACAGCUUUUUAGGGAAAGACUGUGGGUCUGUGUACAAAGCGAUGUCCAUGAAGAUAGGUAACAGUGAAGAACCUCCAAUGGCUUGCAGGGUUGCGCCUUGACAUUAAUCCUGUUGAAUACCACUGGGAUGAAUUGGAAUACUGAUAACAAGCCAGGCCUUUUAUCCAAAAUCAGUGCCUGGCUGGACAGAUUUAACUCAGCGGUUAAGAUCCCUGGACUGUGAUCCGAGGGCCAAUGAUUCAAGCCCCAUUAUCACCAAACUUAGACCUUAAGUAAGACUCCUAAUUGCUUGGAUGGACUAUGUGAGCGCUAGAUCUUGAAUAUUCGCUAGCUCUCUCUGGGAGGCAAGUAGACUUCUUAAUGCAUCUCUAAUUAAUUUUUUUAUUAUUAUUUUUAGUCAGAAUGUCCCUUUAAGCUUUACCUGUACAGCACUUACUGCCAGUCUAUGAAAUGAAAUGCAGCUGAUUAAGUGCAGAUUAAAAACUUUAUCAUGUCUUUCGGUUCUUACAGUAAAACAGACCAUGACUGUAAAAACUGUAUAUCUGAACAAAUGCACCCAUCUCUCAGAUGCAGUAUCGUUUUAUGCUUUUCUAAUCGGAUGCAAACAUUUUACAAACCAAACUGUUGUUAAACUGCCUUAGAGAGUAUUCCUUUUUUAUCUUGAUGCUUUUCAGAAUGAUUAAUAAAUAUGUAUACAU